GAUUUCCCGCGGAUGCGACGGUGACCCACGGUCAGUUCAAUGAAACAAGCUGCGGACAGCUGAUACUCGAUUUUAGCCUGAUUUUUUUAUCCUUUUUUGUUUGACCUGUGAUAAGUUUCGGAUUUUACUCAUAGUUUUAUUCACUGUUAACGUGUUUUAUAUAUUUUAUCGUACGGGUUAUAUUUGCGCGUGUUAUAGAUUCUAUAGUUUAUUUUAACCGGUUUUUUUUUUAAUUGAUCGAAAUUUUAUCCUGCAUCUCGACGAGACUCGCGGGAGUCAAACUGAUUAUCAGAUAUUUAUUUAUUGAAAUUUAUCUAUAUUAAGCGGUUCCUACUCACACAGAACAAUGGUUGUACCUGAAGAAUUACCUCUCUCUUUCAAAGUUGCCGCUGCGGGGUCCGCCGCAUGCUUUGCAGACUUCAUCACCUUCCCUCUGGACACAGCAAAAGUCAGACUCCAGGUGCAAGGAGAGUCGAAGGUGAAGGCAACUGAGUUGGUCUCGAAAUCUUCGCAGAAGCUGCAGUACAGAGGUCUCAUAGGCACCAUCGCUACCAUCGCGAAAAAAGAAGGACCAAAGAGUUUGUUCAAUGGUCUCUCAGCAGGUCUCCAAAGGCAACUAUGUUUCGCCAGUGUUCGUUUAGGUUUUUACGACUCAGUCAAAUCUCUUUAUAUUCAACUAUUUUAUGGUAAAUCACAAAACAACGGCAUGGCCAUCCUACCCCGCGUGUGCGCCGGAAUGACGACAGGUGGCCUAGCUGUCCUGCUGGCACAACCCACCGACGUCGUCAAAGUGCGAUUCCAGGCCCAGCAGUCCGCCAAAGCCGCACCCAAAUAUUUAAGCACCCUCCAAGCGUACCGUACCAUUGCUAGAGAGGAAGGCGCCGCGGGACUUUGGAAAGGUUGUGCAACUAAUGCUAGUCGAAAUGCUAUUGUUAACGUAUCAGAAAUCGUAUGCUACGACAUCAUAAAAGAAGCAAUCAUCACUAACGGGUUGCUGAAAGACGGAAUUCCGUGUCAUUUCACUUCUGCUGUCAUCGCAGGAUUCUGUGCCACAUUGGUUGCCUCCCCGGUGGAUGUGGUGAAAACACGAUACAUGAACGCCCCUCCUGGUAAUUACUCUGGAGCUCUCGACUGUGCCGCUAAAAUGUUUAAAUCCGAGGGAUUCAGUGCGUUCUACAAAGGAUUCACACCAUCGUUCUUCCGAUUGGUCAGCUGGAAUAUCGUUUUGUGGUUGAGCUAUGAACAAAUCAAAAUCGUCAUCACGGAUAGCAAAUACUUCAAAGAUCGCCAAAAUGUCAAUUAAUCGCUUUGAACAUCAUACACCUCGAUGACUGUUACAAAGAUGAAACCCCUUAUUUAUUUUUGAAUUAUAUUUUAGAGUAUUGUUAAAUUCUAUUUUAGACCUAAGAGGUUUAGUACUCCCACCUUUCUGAGUCAAACUCAAAAGUUAAAGAAAGUUUUAAAAAACAAUAAACUAAAUGAAAAAGUACAAAAAAAAAAUUAAAAAAUGCAUGUAUAAAUUAAUGACAACAAAAAAAUGACGAAAGAUGUUUGUAAAUAAAUGAAGAAGAUAAAGAGACAAAGAUUUUUUAAGACUGAAAUGAA